CAAAUUUAACAAGAGUAAGCUGUUUCAAUAUAUAUUUUGCCUACAUAAUUACAUAAUUAUUUAAGCGUAUUAAAGGAGUAUGCUUACAACUAAAGAAACGGCUUUCAAAUCAUAUAAUUUCAUCGAAUGUGGUUUUCCUGACUGCUAAGUAGUAAUUAAUUGAAAAAGCUGAAUACGACACAUGCAUUUAAGAAAUAGCAAUAUAUCUUAUAACUUGAGAGUCAAUUAGUUUAUUCAAUUUUAAAGUCCCUUGUCAUACUCACUUUUCAAACUUUUGUCCACACAGGUUGAGUUCCGGUUCGACUUUAUAGCUCCGAAGCAUUGCUCGGAAGUGAACAUUAACACCUGCCCAUCCUGGUGCUACUAUAUUGAACAUAACGGAAGUUUAUACAAGGAAUCCCAUCAGGCCGCAUUGGCGCGGGUGGACAGACGAACUCUCCGGGGUUGGCGAAUACUAUAUGGAGGUCUUCAAGCUUGGAUUCAACAGAGACCAUCGUCUCGUGGAGAUCACUCCUUUAAACCCAGUCUUUUCUGUCGUCAUACCCCAUACUAGCGGAACCAUCCAAUAUCCUCAAUACACACCCUCAGCUCCUGGAGUGUACAGCGUCCUCUUGGAGGUCCGUGACUUCUCUAACAAUUCUCGUAUCGCCCGCCGGUUUGUGUUGUACGACGCCACCUCCUCUGUAUCACUGAACAACGCGACCGCCAAACUGUACGUGUCGUCUGCAGUCGAGGAGACUGGAUACACAUGGCAGACACCGGCGGCAACAGGUAAUCAAGUAACAGUCAGUGUUGCUUGGCCAAAUUAUUUUGUCAACCACGUGCAUGAAGACGGACUUUUCCUCGGCGAAAUCGAGCAGUAUCCGAUUCAGUUUAACGAGAUACAAGACGACGGAGUACUGUCCAGUCAAAAGUAUGUAGCAGACGCUCUGGAUGACAACGAGGAGCCCCGAACAAGGAAGGUGAUCCCCAAUUUCCACGGAAUAAUCAAGUACGAGAUCGUCUGGCAGCCUACAGCCGAUACGAAUGAACCCACUUCCGGUUGGGAAAAAAUACCAAUGAAGGAGUCGUUUACUGCAACACGAACACUAGUAGAUGGCGACACGUUACGUGUUUGGAUACGGGCAACGGACAUCAUGGGUAACGCAAAGGCUGACAGCACCGUUGUUAAAAUAGACGGCACGCCACCAAUACUACAGACGAACCUCACAGGGAAGGACUAUGGUCUGACACGGAAUAUUGCUGACGGACCGUACAACUUCAGCUCCAAAAUCACCUUUGCAGCGUCCGACGGAAGCAGUGGAGUCCACAAGAUCGGUUUCAAAGCUAUUGUAAAGACUCAAGCUGGCGCUACCAAAGAAAUGUACAGCAAUUUUACAGCCGCAAACAUGCAAGUGGACCUUACCAACCCGUUCUGCAAGAUAGUGGAUGGCGUGUGUUUCCUGCCUGACCAGACCCUCUACUUGGACAACUGUUGGCUGACUGUCACAAAGUCUGACCUUGACACGGCCACCGCUAUGGUGGAGGUCUCUGUCUUCAACCAGGCCAUGCUCUCAAAAACGACCUCCUUUGAUAUUGGUCGAAUAAACAGUCUACAAGGUCUGGAGAAAUACAACGGCCCACAGAACCUGCGAGUGGUUAACAAGACACCGACUGGCUUUAGACUGCAAUGGGAUCUGCCUACAAGGGAAUCCUGCUAUGGAAGGGCGGACAUUCUUAUCAUUCUGUCGCGCCGGAACGCAAACGGUGAGGAGGUACUCCACACGUUCUAUACGCAGGGCACCAGCACAUUUUUUGACAUUCUGGGUCUUGACCCAGAGACAGAAUACACUCUGGGGCUGAAUAUUCAAUCACAAGGAGGCAGUGCUCAGCAAACUGAUCUAGCAGUGACCACAAGAACAGAGAAGCAAGCGAGCGAUGGGGCCUCCACCGGUGGGGUCGUUGGAGCUGUUGUAGGAGUUUUGGCUGUUGUUGCCAUCGUUGUGGUGGUGCUGGUGGUACUCAUUCGGCGUGGUGUAAUCCGACCUGCUGAACGCGCGCGAGAGAUUGGACGAAGGAUGACGAGGAGAGUUCGUCCUAACCGUAGGUCUCGCGGCGAGGGACACAGUAACCCGGCAUAUAAUGUGAACCAUCGAGCUAAGUCAAUGGCCGCUGAGGAACUAUACCUGUACGGUGGUAUGGACACGUUCGCCUCAAAGUCGGUCCUUAGUCGCAGAGAUAUUGUGCUCGAGUCGGUAAUCAAAACUGGGCACUUUGCCAACAUCUACAAAGCCAAGUACCAGGGAAAAACUGUGGUGGCUAAAACUCUAAAAGAAAACAACGGCACCAAUGAUAAUUUCCUCAUGAAGGCGAAGAUCAACUUUUCAUCCGAGAAGGUUGGUGACCACCCUAACGUGUUGAAGUAUUUGGGAUCAGUCCUCGAUGACACGAACAUGGGACCUUUCAUCCUGUACGAGUACUGCGAGAACGGUACGUUGAAGGAGUACCUGGUCCAAAAUAAGUCUAGCGUUACCAUGGACAUCCAGGAGACGCUCUUCCGUAUAGGACUCGACAUCGCCAAGGGCAUGGAGUACUUGGCUGGGAAAGGGAUAACUCACCGGCGUCUGGCGGCACGCAACAUCCUGCUGACUUUCUUGAACGAAGUAAAGAUCUACGGCUUCGGACCGCAACCGGAAGAAGAGGCUGAUGGGGAUGCAGAGAGCGGCAAGAAGGAGAGAAUUCCAAUCAAGUGGAUGGCACCAGAGUGCAUGACGUCAACAAAAGAUGCAGACGAGAAAAGUGACGUUUGGUCGUUUGGCGUGGUCCUCUGGGAAGUGUUUUCUCUUGGUGAAACUCCGUACGAGAACGUGAAAAGCCGUGACCUUCCAGACAGACUGAAAAAGAAUGUUCGUCUGCAGAAACCGGAACAGUGUGAUGACGUGUGGUUCGGAGUAAUGAACAAAUGCUGGGACUAUCAGCCGAGGAAGCGCCCGACGUUUGCUGAAAUCAGAAACGAGCUGGACACCAUGUUUGUUGCCUCUCCUGGAGAUGACUACUACUACUAUAAACGCUAGAAGAGUUAUUGUUACUGUGUUAAGUAUUUCUGCAGACUAAAUCAUAUAUAUUUGCAUUGGAAUAUUGAACCAUCAGCGUUUAAAAGGAUAGUGGAGAAGAAAUGUUGUUUGAAAAUAUAUCCCUUUCACAUUCUUUCGUACUGAAUGAUAUUUAUAUUCAGGAAAAGUGUACUCGUAAACAUUAGAAAACAUUUGUAUUAUAGCAACUGCAAUAUAAAUGAACAUAAAUGUAACAUCUGAACGUUUAAUUUUCACUUAAUUGUUUUACACGACAAUAUACUUAAGCAUGUAUGAGCCAAUAUUGCUACGCUGUGUCACUUAUGUAAGACUUACAAUUUAUGCUACGAUAAACAGUUUAUGUUUUAUUUUACAAUUAGAUGACAUUAUUUAUGUUACGCGCUUUACCUUUCAUUUUACGCUUAAACGUUUAUGUUACAUUAACAUAUUUAGGUAACGCUUUAGCGUUAAUCUUGACCUAAAACGUAAAUGUUUUAAUAACAAAAUUAAUGUUACACUAAAAAUUUGAAUUACACUACAAUAUUCACUACAGCAUAUAAUUAUGGUAUCCUCACAUUCGUGUUACACUUAGACGUGUAUGUUACUCUUAUACAUUUAUCUUUUCUUGAAACAUUGAGUACUCUUUGAUUUAUAAUGUAAUCUAUUUAGCGAGAUUAUGAUCUUUGUGAUUGUGUGCACACGUGUAAUAUAACAUGUUAUUUAAUUACUUUAUUACUAAAUUUGCUUUUAACUAUUCUGACUUAGCUGGUGUUAAGGGUUUACAUAAAUUUAGCUUUACAAUUAAAUCACUGUUUAAUUAUGAAAUUACUUGCAUUUGCACUUUAAUAAAAUGUAUAAAAUUAU